AAAAUUUCGAGAUUAAAAUCCAGUUAAAUAUUUCACAUCUCAAAUUAAUACUUUACGUAAUCGUGAUAAAAUUAUUCUAAUUUGUGUUCUUUACUGUGAUUAAACAAUAUAUUUGUUAUAAUAUAGUUGAUUACAUAUAGUAAAUUUUUGACGUUAAUUAAAAGUUCAACCAUGGGUAAAAGAAAUAAUAUGAUCCCUAAUGGGCACUUUCACAAGGACUGGCAAAGAUUUGUGAAAACCUGGUUCAAUCAGCCAGCUAGGAAAUACCGUCGUAAACAAAGUCGUGUGAAGAAAGCUCGUGCAGUUGCGCCAAGACCUGUCAAGCUUUUAAGGCCUGUUGUUCAUUGCCCAACAUUCCGUUAUCACACAAAAGUUAGGGCUGGCAAAGGUUUUACUUUGGCUGAAAUUAAUGCCAGUGGUUUGAAUAAACGCUUUGCUAGGACCAUUGGAAUUGCAGUGGAUCCCAGAAGAAGAAACAAAUCGGUCGAAUCUUUGCAAACGAAUGCUCAAAGAUUGAAGGAAUAUAAAUCCAAAUUGAUUCUCUUCCCAUUGAAUGAAAAGAAGCCCAAGAAGGGUGAUGCAACUGAGAAGGAGAUGAAAGCGGCAACUCAAGUUAAAGGAGAAGUUAUGCCAAUAAGACAUCAAGCACCAGCCAAGGCUAAGGCUCGUACCAUUUCUGAAGAAGAGAAGAAAUUCUCUGCCUAUGUAACAUUACGUAAAGCUAGGGCUGAUGCUAGAUUAGUUGGACUUCGUGCAAAACGUGUGAAAGAAGCAGCAGAAAACCCUGAUGAUGUCACAAAGGUUGCUAAGGACAAGAAGGUUAAAAAGUAACCUUAAACAUCAUAUCUUUGUACAAAUA